AUGAAGGAGAGGAAUCCAAAAGAGGGAGAAGGCCCCGCUGACACUCCCGAUUUUGAUUCUUACAACAAUUUACUACCAUCGGGACGAAAUGUCCCUCACAGCAGUGCGUACGACAGCAUGUCUCCCGAUUUUCUCAAAGUCGAAAACACUAUCAAUGCCGAUGGUAAAAAGAUAAAGCUACAACUUCCUUUGAGUUGUGAGCCUCCGGGUCCAAAUAAUAAGACAAAACCAAAGGUUUGGAUAAUAUUUGGCGCCAGUGGCCAUAUGGGCCAGAGUCUCACACGAGCAUGUCUUUCCAAAGGCGACGAAGUUGUUGCCGUCGGCCGGAUCAACGAAAAUACAAUCGAAUCGAUGCAAACCACAUUCCCGCAUCCAAACUGCUUCAAUACUCUUUGCGACGUGCGUGUACGAGAAUCCGUAUCUACAGUUAUAGAACAGGGACUUGAAAAAUUCAAGCGCAUCGACGUGAUAGCCAAUUGUUCGGGCUACGGCGUCAUCGGCGCAUGCGAAGAUCAAGACGAGCACGAAAUCCGCAAUCAAUUCGAGACGAAUUUCAUGGGCACUGUACAUAUUAUCCAAUUGAGUCUACCAUACUUUCGCGAGCAAGGAGCGGGGAGAUACUUGAUAUUCAGCAGUACCUCAGGCGCGCUGGGCGUUCCGGGCUUGGGACCAUAUUGCGCGACGAAGUAUGCGGUGGAGGGAAUGAUCGAAGCGAUGCUUUACGAAGUGGAUGCUUUCAAUAUUAAAGCUACAUUGGUAGAACCGGGGUUGGUGAGGAGAGAUGAGAAGGAAUUGGCUUCGGGUCCGUUACCUACUUGGGGACACUUUUUGAUUAAACCUCCCAGUGAACCAUAUUCCGAUCCAACUUCGCCGGCGUUGCAUGCGAAGAGAAUGGUUCAGUGGCUGGGAGAUAAACAACCUACUAGUGCUAAGAAAUGCGCAGAUUUGGUUUGGCAAUUAGGUCAUUGUUCCUACCCGCCUCUACGAUUACUUCUAGGGAGUUACGCUAUAGAGAGUAUCAGAGAUCGUUUGCGAUCUAUCAUAGAAGAGUUGGAGGACUGGAAGCAUCUUCAUCAUCCUAUAGCUCCCGUUGAUGAGCUUGAUAACGAAGAGGAUUCAGACGAUGCUCGAGAUGUAGAUAUGUCUGCCAAAACGAAAAAGGAGGACCGAGCUGCAAAGCAGGCUGCGGCGAAUUCAUUAAAAGUAGAGUCGGAUGCAGACAGUAGUUCAUGA